AUGGUUCGGGCUAGCAGUCCAGGGCGGGCUGAAUCCUUAGAGGAGUUGGUCCAGAGACGGCAAGAGGAGGUCCAGGCAGCUAUGGAAAAGGCUGAACCCAACAAGAGCUUCUAUGCUUACGAUACGUUCGAUCCCUCAACCAUCAAACGCAAACCAAUCAACGAAGCUCCACCAGUCGGGAGUUCACCGUCUCCAGUAGAUGCCCAGGACGAUCCUGUGGCUGCCCAUAAACGAUUGAAGAUUGAUAACGAGGCGUUCGAGACUCGGGCGAAGGAGGAGUUUGCUGGUGUAGGGGAGGCGGAUGGUCUGGGGAGAGGUAGAGAGCAUUUCAAAAACGAUAAUGAAUUCAUCAAGUGCUCUAUUCUAUAUCUUCUUGGCGUGUGGGAGCAUAAACUCGAGGACCCCAAAUGGAAAAAUACAAUAGUUGGCAAGCGUAAGACUUAUCACGACACAGUGGACAGGAUGAGACCGUUGGUGACACUCCUAGAGCACGAUGAGAAGCUUGCCCAAG